AUGGAAGCCUCUAGUUGGAGAAACGAGUCCUCAGUGUCGGUCUUUCUGAUUGUUGGACUUUCGGAAACAGCAGACCCUCAGAUCCUCCUCUUUCUGGUCUUCCUGGCCGUAUACCUCAUCACCGUGGUAGGAAACAUAGUAAUUCUAAGUGUGAUUUCUUCUGACCAAAGACUACACACUCCUAUGUACUUCUUCUUGGCCAACCUUGCUGCUGUUGAUAUAUUUUUGUCUUCUGUCACUGUCCCCAAGCUCUUGUUGAUAUUGGUCACUGCCCAGAAAUCCAUUUCUUAUGCUGGAUGUGUCACUCAGCUCUAUUUCUUCCAACUUUUCAUGGUGGUGGAGUGUUAUAUCCUUACAGUCAUGGCUUAUGAUAGGUAUGUGGCCAUCUGUUUCCCACUAAACUACAACCUUAUUAUGAGCAGAGCAAUAAGGAUCAGGAUCGUCCUCUCCUGUUGGGCCAGUGGUCUCCUGAACUCAAUGGUCCAAGCCAUUUCCAUAUGCCAUCUUGACUUUUGUAGUCCAAACAAGGUAGACCAUUUCUUUUGUGACGUAACUCCACUCUUCAAGUUGUCUUGCUCGGACACAAAAGUCGGGGAGGGACUUUUCAUGAUAGUAGUCGUCAUUGCUGGGAUGGGACCCCUCAUCUUUAUAUUGGUGACCUAUGGCCGGAUCAUUGCUGCUGUCACAAAAAUUAGCACCAGCAAAGGUCGUCGAAAGACCUUCUCUACUUGCGCCUCUCACUUCAUGGUAGUGGCUCUAUAUUAUGGCAGUGGGAUCUUCAGCUACAUCUGGCCCUCCUCUACCUACGCCAUGGACAAAGAUGUCAAAGUGGUGGCUGUGCUUUACACCAUCAUGACACCAAUGCUGAACCCCAUUAUUUACAGUCUGAGAAACAGGGAGGUAAAACAAGCCAUGAAGAAAGCAAUGGGCGUUCGUUCUGACCACCAGGGUAACUGGACACAUUAA